AUGUUAUCCUUCGGACGAUUCCCCUUAUGCACGGUCUGUGGGUUGAAUGUGAAUCCAGAGAAUCGCCACAUAAAGGAGAUCCGGGCAGAGCUUGAUAAUACCGACCUGUACUUCUUCCAUGAACCCUGCUGGCGGCGCCUUCUGGAGCACUUUAGCCCCCAGGAGUUUGACCUCAGUUAUAUCUUUGAAGCAUUGGAACGCCUGCCACUACCCCCAGCUUGGGGCCUCAUUGACAUGGUAGCCGAAGAAGGACCAGUGGAGACCGUGCAAAACGCAAUUAAUGACAAAUUUCAGGGUCAUUUAGAUCAUCCCAAUCUGGACGAUCUCAGGCGCUUUGCAAGAGCACCGCCGAGACCCUGGUGUCCAAUGUCACGUUCUUCCCCGCUCGCGAAAGACCAGUUUAAACGUCUGCCCUUAGAGAUAAUCGAAAUGAUCGCUACCAUGUUACCCACACGGGAUGUACUGAGCCUUCGCCAGGUAUCUCGUGGUGUAGCACCGAUCUUUGCAAGCCAGAAUUUCUGGAAGACGAGGUUUUAUCUGAACGAAGAGCGCGGCUUUCUGUGGCCUGCCGUAAGGGACUUCAUGGGCACAGCGAACCGACAAGAAAGAAUCGACUGGAGGCUUCUUUACCACUCUACCAGCCAGCUUAACUGCAGUGCUUGGUUUCUCUUGGAGCGGAAAAUCUGGGAAGCGCUUCGUUGGCUUCACGAUACAGCCUUGGCUCUGGCCUACGGCACACCUCUUCCGCUAGACUACCGCGGUAUACCCUUACAGUACCAUCAUAAUACAGUCCGUCGAGGUACACACCUUGAGACGGUGGACAUUAAUUCGCCCGUCAGGCAGGUCGCGAUCUCCGCGCACAGCGACAUCAGCCCUGUGCACGUCACGGGGUUGGAAUUUUUCUUCGAGGAUCGACAAAAGGCCUUAUUGGGCUACACACUGCCCGGGGCCAAGGAAAUGUCUGGAGAGGAGUAUCAUAAUAGUGACUCUGUGCAUGAUUAUCUAGAGUAUCCUGGUAUUAGAGUUACCGUCGAGGUUGAAGACUUGCGGGGGAUUAUUGCGUCGACGACUUCUAGUGGAGUUUCAUGUGUGAUUUUAGUGCCAUCUUUUCCUAAGCCGAAGGAUCUCCAGAAUCGAUAUUUGUAUGGUGUGGGAAACUUGGGCAUAGGGCUCCGUGCGUCUAAUGUGUCGCCUGCUCAAACCCUGGAACAAGUCACACAGGUGGUUGCGGUUCUAGAUAGUCGCAAGAUAAUAGAUAUUGGAGUUUGGGGUCGGUCAUCCAGACGAUGUCCGAUAUGGGCUGAAGAUGCACGAAAACGUCUGAUUAAAGUCUACAAAAAAGAUAAAAUAAUUCCAGCGGAACUGGAGUUAAAAUAA